AGGUUUUGAUAAAUCCCCCACAGUGCUUCAGUUUUACCUGGAGUAUCCCUUUAAGUAUCCUUUACCAGUUUAGCUAAACUGUUUCUUUUCUAGUCACACAUAUUUUUACAAUUUCGUUGCCCUCUCAGCCGAGGCCUAUUAUUUCGUUUGUUAUUGUUCUGCAGUAUUAUUUGACAGGAUUCCCCCCCACUGAGUUGUUACAAUGUGCCAGCUCAUACCCUGCGUCUUUAUUCUCCGGUGACCGCCGCGCACACAGUACGACGCCAGAUUUCCCCUUUUCACUGCUCUAUUUAUACCCUAAUCUCACCCCCCUGCCCUGUUUACAUUCUGCCAUUCUUCUACACACCAAGCCAGUGUUUCCCAACCAGGGUUGCAAAACUACAACUCCCAGCAUGCCCGGACAGCCUUUGAAAUUUGGGAUUUCAAAGUGGACAACCACUAUUGAGCCACUAAACCAGCCGAUACCGCCUUGCCAGCGCUGCAGUACCCAAACCUGCGGCCCACCAUUGAAUAGCGCGCUAUUCCCACCACGAGGACGCCGGCUUACAGCUGAUUGCUGCUCCUUAGGCCGUCGGGCGAACAGUGUUCAGCAAAACUUCACUCACCCACCGCUUCAUAUUGGAUGCCGGCUCUCUGCAUUACAGAGGACAACAUCUCAUCAUUUGGGACCAGCGCACCUUCAUACACGCCUUCUCGGAGGGACCCCUACACCCAUGCCAGUGAACAGUCGCUGUCUUUCCAACUUGGAUUGUGUGAUGAAGAACAGAGAAAUGUGUCCCCCAGGCAGCCAGCAAUGUGGCCCUUGCGUGCCCAACUUUGAAGAAUCAAAAUUUGGAACAUGUAAAUUAAAAGUGAGCAGGAGGCUGACCUUCAGGGAUCCGGACUCAGUCAUUGACUUUAUCCAAGAAUACAGGAUGAGCAAAGGACAGAGAAUAAUUCCAACAGCGGCAGUGCCUACCACCAUGACCACCAUGACCACCACCACUACUGCUCCUGCUGCAUCCCCGCAUCUUCCGUCUACUGAAGAUAAACCCAAACUUCUUCAGAGUAGCUCUGCUGCACACGCACCGUCACUGCUCAACUCAACAUUCCCUCCCCAGAUGAAGGAUAGGAAACUGGGCCGGAGGAGGAAGAGCGAGAUGAACCAGACCAUGUCUCUAACUCUGAUAGUCAUCUGCAGUCUGACCGCUUUCUCUGGAAUACUUGUGGUGGCGAUGUGUUGGUACAGAUUACAAAAAGAAGUGCGUCUGGCACAAGAGAUGGCAUAUACAGCAUGUAAAGGCAGCAGGCAGCACCCAUGCCAAAGGUCAGCAGAGCAGAUGUCUCACUAUAUGCAACAUUACAGCGCCCAGAAGAAGCACUUCCAGGCCCAGGAGAGCAGUUCUGAGAAGAAGCCCUGCAAGCAGCCGUCCACUGACUCCGAGGCAGAUGGGGAGGAAUUCGCCAUCUAUGAAUGUCCUGGACUUGCCCCGACGGGAGAGUUGGAAGUCCACAAUCCUCUGUUUGACCCGUCACGGACCAAGCAGUGAGAGCGCAGCAUGCCGACGCCAUGUAAUCUUAUAAGCGACAUAUGUAAUGUAUCUGCACGUGUUCCUCAAGUGUGUGCAUUAAAGUCUCAGUAUAGUGGACAAGUAGUUCUUUUCAUACCCCAAUGAUCCUAAAAAAAUCUUCUCUCUCGCCAGUGUUUCCCAACCAGGGUGCCUAUAGCUGUUGCAAAACUUCAACUCCCAGGACCCCUGCUUUGGAAACAC